AUUCGCUCUGUAAGUGUUGUCUUUCAGGCGAGAGGUUUUCCCUGAUUUAUUACUGAGGCCGUUUCCUCUCUUGGAAUUCUGCAAGAAACGAGAAAUCAAGCGGCUAGAGAAGAGGGCUGGUUGCUGGGUGAACGGAGGAAAGUAGGAACGAGACACAUAAAGUGCCAGCUUCCCUCAGCUUAGAAAGCAUGUCCAAGGAGAAUGGUGUCGAUUCGGAGGCAGUAAACCUCACACAGAACCUUGCACAUAGAAUCAAUGGAGAAAUUUCAGAUGAUGAACUCGACACACCACAAACAAUACUGCAAACACCAAAGCUAGGAGUCAAAAAGAGUAAAAGCCCAGACCCAGCCACCACGAUGAUGACAAUGAAUGGCAUGACCCCCCAGGCAAUGCAGCAACUAAUACAGCAGCAAGUCCUCUCCCCCCAGGGAAUUCAGCAGAUGAUGCAACAACAGACUCUACUAAUGUCACAACAGGGUAUGCAACACAAGCUACAAGAGCAAGUCUUACAACAGCUGAAUGAGCAGCUACAGCUGAAUGUUCUACAGCAGUCACAGCUGAUGCAGCAAGCCAACUCAGACAAAACCAAAAACAAACAAAUACAGAUGCAGUUACAACAAUUGGGUAUCCAGCAGCAACAGCUGGUGCAGCAGAUACAACUCCAACAGAGACAAUACCUAAUGUCACAGGGCCUAGGCAUGCAACCAAUGGUAGCCCAAGGCAUGAGUCCCGCAGAAAUGGCUGCAUUGUGGAAAGAAGUAUCUGGCCAAUCAGGUGCAGAUGAGAACAAAAGCCCAAUUUCCAGUUCUAUGGGAAUGACGAUGUCUCCAUCUUUAGCGAGUAUUGCCCCAAGUGGAAUCUUGAUGGGACAGAACCCACUUGCUAAUGGACUCCAUGCAGGGUACAUGGGCUUAGAAGGAGGACUUUUAGGGCCAAUGGCACAAUCCAUGAAAGAUGCCGAGAACAAUCAUACUCAUCCCUUAUAUGGUCAUGGGGUCUGUAAAUGGCCGGGCUGUGACGUUCCCGCAGAUGAUUUCCCAGCAUUUAUGAAACAUUUAAACAAUGAACAUACAUUGGAUGACCGAAGCACGGCACAAGCGCGGGUUCAGAUGCAGGUCGUGAGCCAGUUAGAGAUACAGCUGGCAAAGGAGAGAGAGAGACUGCAGGCAAUGAUGGCACAUCUGCACAUGAACCAACAAGCCCAACAGCAGCAGAAACAACAAGAACUACAGCAGCAACAGGCUAAAGAGGCAGCUGUUACAGCUACUGUCCUUCCCCCAAAACCGUCUCCUCCCCAGCAUAUACCUCUGCCUACUACCCCAAUCUCCACCCCCACCACUUCUCACAGUACCCCCACUCCCCAGAGGCACACCUCACCCCUACAAGAGAGAAUGGCACCCCAGGGAGGCGGCCCAAUAAGACGCAGAGUCUCGGACAAGUGCAACAUGCCUAUGUCGACAGGUGCAGAACAAGAGAUCCACCGUAAUCGUGAGUUCUACAAAAAUACUGACGUUCGACCUCCAUUCACCUAUGCGUCUCUCAUAAGACAGGCUAUCAACGAGUCUGGCGAUAGGCAGCUGACUCUUAGUGAGAUAUAUAACUGGUUUGAAAAGUCAUUUGCAUUCUUCAGGAAAAAUCAAGCAACCUGGAAGAACGCAGUACGUCAUAACCUCAGUCUUCACAAAUGCUUUAUGCGCGUGGAGAAUGUCAAAGGCGCAGUUUGGACUGUAGAUGAAAUAGAAUUCUACAAAAGACGGCCACAAAAAAUGAGUGGCAGUGGAGGGGGUAUGUCAACAAAGCGAGAGUCGUCCAGCCCAGGAUUGUACGGAGAGACAUUGAACGCUAGCCUCAGGGCAGCGCUAGCAGAGAGCAACCUGCCAUUGCUAAGCAACAAUGCGAGCCAUCCAGGAGCUCACAUGUCUGAGGAGAACGCAGAAGACCUCUCAAUGAGGGGCGAAGAUUUGUCUUUAGCUGGCAUGAGAGCUAUUGCAGCAGAGGCUAUCAGAGAAAGAGACCAGCUUCAGAGAGAGAUGAAGGAAAGAGAGGAAUACAGUAUCAAACAGGAGGCUGAGGCUAUGAACAUGUCCACUGAGAACAGACAUCAAUCCAUUGAUGAGGUGCCCAGUCCAACACUUUCUAGAUCCCCACCUGAUAUUACACAAGAUGGACCUAUCUAUAAUAGUGGGGAUCUAGAAACAGCUACAGAGUUCCAAAAUGGUGACAUCGCGGAGCAUUCUGUGUCACUGUCUCAUUCUAUGUCAGAUAAAGACUUCAGGGACUAUCCCGAUAAUGAAAUACACAGUUCUCCCAGUUACCCUAGCAACAAUAAUGAAAAUGAGGUCCCAGAGGAUCUCUCCAAGUCUUCGUCACCCAUCAUGGCAACUUCAACAAGUCAGGAAUGUGUCAGUGAACAAAUGGACAUGUCUAUAAAGACAGAGAACUAGAUGUUAUCCCAUAUAAUAGAGAUCCUAGAAUUCCAGACAUUAUGCCAAAUACUAGUAUGACUUAGAGGGUACAUAUAUGUAGCAAUGCAAGAUAGGGACCAAUAUAACAAGAGGACAUCUACAUGAUAUGUCUCAAGAACUAGUCAUCUGAUUUUCAUGUGUAAUGAGAUCAAAAGAUGGCAUCCCAGUAUACUGGUUACCCAAGGUCCAGCUGAACACAAGAUUCCACAUGUUGACACAUGGUUUUCUGUGACACAUGGUGUGUGUUCUAUAGAUGCUACAGAUUGUUUAGCGCUUCUAGCAACUCUUUCCACCACAUAUUGGAGGAUUCAAUAUUGUCAAUCAGGAUACAAAAUCUGUGUCUAUUUGUUGGAUAGCAGAUAUAUAGACAUGUAUUACUACACUACUCUAUGUUAUGUGUAAUUGUGGACUAUAUUAUGUGCUACAUGACAUUGGAGAGGCUGUUAAAAGGCUAGCAUCGAAUCAUAUUUGCAAGACAAUCCAAGGUUCAUAUGCUGGUGUAUUUGUAGAAAAUGUAGUUAGUGUACUCAUUAUCUACAUGUACUCAUUCUGUACUACACUUGUGCAUGUAUACUCAUAAUGUACACGUACUCAAUAUUAUGUACAUGUACUGUACUCAUUUUAGUGUUUCGAUGUAACUGUUUGAGUUAUUGAUAUGUGCUUAUGAUCAUUAAAAUUAUGACAAAUGAACUCGUAUUUAAUGUUUAUAUGAUGGCAUAUUUUAACAUAUAUGUCACAUUGGGCAUUUGAUAAAAAUUAUUAAUUUGAUAUCUAGUGACUCUGAAAAGUCAGCCUAUAUUUAUUUCUGAAACAGUUACAAUUGAAGAUUUUCCAUCUGUUAACAACCUGUAAAUGUAUAGUACAGGUGGCAGCAGAUGUCAGCUAUCGACAGAUGACAUCACAUGUGUCACAAAAAUCUGUCUCUACCAUUUAUGUUGUAAAUGUAGAUAAUCCCAUAACCCGCUGCAGGUAAUUAUUGGUGACCUAAAUUAUACUAUUAGGCCAUUAUAUACCACUUUCAAGAAUCUUGUUUUCUAUAAAUAAUUAAACAUCAGUGUCAAUUUCCAUAGCAACUAAUGAUGCCUGAUUUUAAAACAGCCAUGGUUAGAUGUUUCUUGAACAACCACGGAUGAUUUUAGACUCAGAUUUCUAGUUUAUUUAUUUAAUAGGAAUGAUAUCAGGUAGACAUUGAAGUGCUAUAUGAUUCAGAAUGCAGUGAGUGUAACAUAUUCAUUAGCAGAGUCAACUACUGCUAUGUACUAAUGGAAAAACAAAUGAGGUAAAUCAAUAAAGUGUCAAUCAAACUGAUUGUUGCUAUGGAAACCAGUUUUAUAAUGAUUUUUCCUGACAAAUUCAAUUUGUUACUGUUUGGCUUUGUAGAUAGACACAUUUGCCAUUAAAAUUAGAAAUUCAGGAAUCUUCCAUAUACAUUUACAAGUAUUUAUAACAAAGCAAAAUCAGGGGAACAUUUUGCUUGUUGAUUUCUAGUGCUAAAGAUAACAUGUUUACCUCUCUCAGAGAGCUAGUUAUCCUGCAGUCAGGUUGUACAUUUUAACAAAUGUAUAAAUUUAGUUUCGCUUUGUAUAUUUUUGCAGGGUAUUUUUGCAAAUUUUAACAUCUGAUAUUCAUGCUUAUCCACGCUUUUCCAGUGUCACCAAUUACAAGGAUGAGAAAUUUGAUUUUUUUCUGUCCAGUGUUGUAUGGUUAAUAUUGGUUAUAUAUUUAAGCUAUUAUAUUAUUUAUUUCUAUAUAUGGUAAAGUCAGCUGUAAAUUGGGAGAAAUCUCUGUAGAUAACCACUUUGACCAAAGGCUGCCAGAAUUCUCCAGGCUGAUCAUCGAUAUUCGAUUUGGUAAUAUUAAUAUCACAA